GCGCUGCUGCCAAACGCGCCUGGCUCUGCAAAGGCAGGCGGCCCCCGCCCGUCCUGCCCCCGCCCCCUUCGCGGGAUGCCCGGGCCGGCAAGGGGCGGGCAGAUGCCGGGCUCCCACCAGCGGGGCACGCGGGACGGCGACUGAACCCAGCAGGUGGCCGGCCGGCGGAUGUAAGGCCCUGAUCCAGGAUGAACGAAUGCCACUAUGAUAAACGUAUGGACUUUUUUUAUAACAUGAGCAACACUGACACAGUAGAUGAGUGGUCAGGGACAAACCUUGUUAUUGUUUUAUGUUUUGGGACCUUCUUCUGCCUGUUUAUUUUUAUUUCAAAUUCACUGGUCAUAGCAGCUGUGGUCAAAAACAAAAGAUUUCAUUUCCCCUUCUACUAUCUGCUAGCCAAUCUAGCUGCUGCAGACUUUUUUGCUGGCAUUGCCUAUGUAUACUUGAUGUUCAACACUGGCCCUGUGUCCAAAACGCUAACUGUUAACCGAUGGUUUUUGCGUCAGGGGCUUCUGGACACCAGCCUGACAGCUUCUCUGGCUAAUUUAUUUGUGAUAGCUGUUGAGCGACACAUGUCAGUAGUGCGGAUGAGGGUUCACAGUAACCUCACAAAGAAAAGAGUCACUUUUUUAAUUUUAUUGAUCUGGGCCAUUGCUAUUUUUAUGGGGGCUGUGCCUACUUUGGGUUGGAACUGCCUUUGCAAUAUCUCAACCUGUUCUUCCCUGGCUCCUAUUUAUAGCAGAAGUUAUCUGAUAUUCUGGACUGUCUCCAAUCUAGUUGUUUUCUUCAUUAUGGUGGUGGUUUACCUAAGAAUCUACAUGUACGUCCAGAGGAAAACUAAUGUCUUAUCUCCACACACUAGUGGAUCCAUCAGCCGUAGGAGGACACCAAUGAAGCUUAUGAAGACAGUCAUGACCGUCUUAGGUGCAUUUGUUGUCUGUUGGACCCCUGGGUUGGUGGUUCUGCUGCUUGAUGGUCUGAACUGCACUCAUUGUGGGGUUCAGCAUGUGAAAAGAUGGUUCCUUCUCCUGGCCUUGCUCAACUCUGUCAUGAAUCCAGUCAUUUACUCUUACAAAGAUGAUGAAAUGUCCAACACCAUGAGACGGAUCAUGUGCUGCUCUUCUGAUGAUAAAAACCAGGAGAGACGAUCUUCAAGGAUUCCUUCAACAGUGCUCAGCAGGAGCACAGAUACUACCGGUCAAUAUAUUGAAGACAGCAUUAUUCAAGGGACUAUCAGUGGCAAAGGAAACUCAUGAGCUAACCUGGGAUAUACUUUUCCUAAGAGAUAUAGGGUAGGAGGGGAGUGGCUUGUAACAGAAGAUCAUUGAAUAUGUUCACUCUGUUCCAAAGCCCAAACUCCUCAGUGUUACGUGAAGUCCUUGUAAAUAAUUACCCAAAGGGAAAAUGCAUUGUAUUGAAGAAAAAAACUUUCUGUGCUUUUUUUUUUUUUUUUUUUUUUUUAAGUACAAGAGAUUGUUUUCCCUAUAAGAGGAAUAAACUUGUUGAGAGAGACUUUCUAUGCAUGGAAACAAAAUACAAACAAUAUAAUGGAACUCUCCUUGCUAGACACCUGCAGGACACUUUUGGGGCUGGUAGGCCAGAAAUGUGCCCUGUUUGCUCCCUCUGUUUACAAAAUGUAUAUACCAAUUCAUACAUACCCCUCUCCCCACUUCAGCACAAAUAAUUCUAUACGCCCUUAAAACAAGUUAAUGCCAGCAACUUAGCAGUCAAGGGCAAGUCUAUAAUAGCAAUCCAUGGUGUGCAUGUGCAACUGCCCCCACCAUGGGUUGUUGGCAGAGGUAGAACACUACCAAAAGCACAAGCCACUACUACUUGAGUAGCAGGAGUGAUUGCACUAGCUGGAAGUAAUAAGUCCUUUUCCCACCUUCUGGGCCAAUGGGCAAGAUCACAUGCACAUGUGAAUUCUGGACAUUAUUGGGUGGGAAAUGUGGCUGAAAAUAGAUUUCAGUUUCAAAUUUUUACAACAAAAAUGCCAUAAACAAAGCCUGUUUAAUAUGAAUGAAUUUAUAUUUUUGCUGGGUUUUUUUAAUAGCCAGGUGUGUUGGAACGAUACAAGCCAGAAUAUGAAUGGAUCUCUCAUACACUGUAUAAAAAUCAGACUGGACCACAUUUAAUCCUCUGAUUUAGAGCUGAGGAUCUUGGGGGAGAGGCCAUGAGACUGCAGACAAUGAAGACUUAGAUUAAAAAUAAGAAUUUGUUAUUAGUGACUAAUCAAAUUUAAUGUGUGGAAUAACUUCCAUUCUUUGUGUUUUUAAAAGUGGCUGUAUUACCUGUGGAUUGUGUUUAGAUCAGGGACAUAUUUAAAGUUCUAGGGCAACUAUUUCAGAAAUGGUCCCUAAUUUUUGCAUGUCUCAGUGUUUGGGAGCCCAACUUUUGAAGCCCCUUCGGCCUGAGUUUCAGAAGUACUGAGCCCUGCAAUUCCUUUUAAGGUCAACGGAGCUGUGGGCGCUCAGCACUACAGAAAGGCAGGCCCAAAGAAUCUUAAGCUGAUCAAUCAAGAUCAGAGUGCCUUUAGAGAACAAACUCAAUAGCAGAUGAUGUAAUGUUGAAAGAUAAUGUAACCUAUUAAUCAUAGAACUGGAAGGGACCUUGAGAGGUCAUCUAGUCCAGUCCCUUGCACCCAAGAUAGGACUAAGUAUUAU